AUGCCAGGAAUUCUGAGAGAGCAGAGGAGAGAGUGGGGAGGAAGAGGCCAGUGGCCAGGCCUCCCCUCCUGGCCCUCUGCAGCCCCACAGUGGGACAUCCUUGCAUGGACCCCAGCCCUCAGAGUCUUCUCUUUUGCAGGUCAUUACUCUCUGACCUAUCUCUACACUGGGCUGUCCAGGCCUAGCAAAGGCACCCACAGGCUGCAGGGCACUGUCUUCCUCAAUGACCAUGCAUUCUUCCACUACAACAGUGAAGAUGGGAAGGCUGAGCUGGGAUCAUGGAGACACGUGGAAGGAGUAGAGGACUGGGAGAAGCAGAACCAACUUCAGAAGGCCAGGGAGGACAUCUUUAUGGAGACCCUGAAUAACAUCAUGGAGUAUUACAACAACAGUAGUGGGUCUCAUGCCUUGCAGGAAAGAUUUGGUGGUGAGAUCCAGAAUAACAGAAGCACUGGAGUGUUCUGGAAGAAUGCCUGUGAUGGAAAGGACUACGUUGAAUUCAACAAAGAAAUCCCAGCCUGGGUCCCCUUGGUCCCAGAAGCCCAGAACACCAAGCAGAAGUGGGAGGCAGAACCAGUCUACGUGCAGCAGGCAAAGGCUAACCUGAAGGAGGAGUGCCCUGAGACUCUGCAGAAGUGCCUGAAAUACAGCAAAAAUAUCCUGGACCGGCAAUGUACUCACUGCUUCCUGCUCCCCAGUACUGAGCUGGGAAAAACCAACAUGAUCUCAGGCUGGGAGCUCAGAGAACAUCUUAGGCCAAUCUCCUCCAUCCAUGUAAGUCACGCAGACCCCCAAUUUUCAACUUCUAGGAUUCAUUUCUUUCCUGGGAGGACAUCAAAAUUUCAGGCAGAACAGGCCAGGAAAGCCACCAAUUCACUGGUAGGCUUCCCAAAAUAUCACCACUGAGAGAAGAGGAGCUGGAGGUGAGAGAGGUGAGGGUAACACUGUGCUAGCUCAGCUCUGCCUUUUACGCACAGUAAUCCCAACAC